UCCGGGCAUUUGGAAAUGCGAACCACGUCCGUCUCCUCCGCUCCGUCCUCCCGGCUCCCCUCCGCGCCACCGCCGCCGCCACCGUCCCCGCCCCUCUCCUUCCCGUCCCUUCGCCGGCGAGACCUCCUCCUGCUCUCGGCGUCGCCUCUUCCCCUCGCGCUCUGCCCAGCGUCCGCCCCGGCGCGCGGGCUGUUCCGCAUGCCGCCGCCGGCGCUGGCCAACCGCUACUUCCUGGUGCGCGCGGGCGAGUCGGUGUACGAGGGGCAGGGGCUCCUCCGCACCAACCCCGUCGCUAAGACCUCCGUCGACAACGGCCUCUCCCCCGCCGGCCUCCGCCAGGCCGCGCGCGCCGCGCUCGAGCUCCGCCGCCUCGGCGCAUGCGAGGACGACUGCUGGAUAUGGCCCUCCAUCACGCAGCGCGCCUAUCAGGCCGCCGAGAUCAUCGCUGCCGCCAACAGCAUCAACCGCAGUAAAAUCGUGCCGGAGUAUAGCUUCUUGGACGCGCGGGGAUUGGGUGCGUACGAGGGGAAGAGGUUGGAAGCAUUGCCCGAGGUGUAUGCAUCUGAUAAUAUUUCGCCAGACAUCAAACCACCUCCUACAAGUGAUGGCACACCCAACGAGAGUGUGGCGGACGUAUUUGUUCGGGUAACACAGCUCAUGUCAAUACUAGAGACUCAGUACUCGGGGGAUACUGUCGUCAUUGUUUCGCCAGAUUCAGACAACUUGUCAAUUCUUCAAGCCGGGUUGAUUGGGCUUGACCUUAGGAGGCAUAGCAGCCUGUUCUUUCAGCCUGGUGAGGUCCGACCUGUUGAUCCGGCCAGUAUACCUGAAUACAAGCAACCACCCUCUAGUGUUUUUAAGUGUACAAAUCCACCAAGUUGUAAAUAAUUCACUUUCUGCUACCACAUGUUUCAUAUCAGAAUAUUCCCAUGACCUUGUAUAGCUCACUGACUGUAUAGUUGAAAAUAUGCUGUUUGCAGCACAUCUGACAACCAGCAAAUGAGGUGUUUUCUAUCA